AUGGUUUCAAUUAUGGAUGUAGAAUCGGAUAGACAGGUCUGUGAUAAUCGGGUAAUAGUGUCGCAAAGUGCGGUUAGCCAAAAAUCGAUUGAUCUAGAUAUCUCGCUCAGGCCAAUCAUCUCAUCGACAGCAGAUCGCGAUACGGGUAAUUUGGAGCCGGUGGCACACGUGGUAACUGGUACGGUCGCCAACCUGCCGGAAACACCGCAGCAAUCCGGCCCGUCCGCCGGGUUACCGGGCUACCAACACGAUGUUACCGAUACGGAUCUGGCGAAGAGAAGCAUGAAGUUAAACUUAGUAGAUACAGCUCACAUCGGGAACACUCGCGAUAUUGCACUACCAGCGGAGUUGAUCAACGCAGCAUCUUCAAGCACCGAUGUUGGUGCUGCUAGUGCGGGCACUGUUGUUACCACUACGGCCGCUAUCAUCAUGAAACAUCGCAAACUGAAGGAACGAACGUUCAGCGAUGAAAUUGGCUCACCCAAAUCACCUGCCGCAACAGUAGAAGUAGUCGACGACCGUAAGGCACUAAGGGAUGCACUGUACCAAGGAAUCUUUCAUCGACAUCGUCGAACGAUCUUCGCGGUAGGAAGCUUUUUGCGAAUGCUGAAAAGUCGAAACUCCUCAUACAACACGAUACGCAGCUCGUCGGAGGGGGAAGAUGACACGAAGUAA